GCAUGCGCGAACCAUCCGGCGGCGGCGGCGGUGGAGAGGCUGGAGAGAGGCUGGUGUGUGGGCUUACCUUGUGCUCCUCAUCUGUUGUGAGGGAGACUUGUGGCUUGAUCUUGGGCCGCCAUGGGGCGAGUGAAUGUGGCCAAGUUACGUUACAUGAGCCGGGAUGACUUCAGGGUUCUGACCGCGGUUGAAAUGGGCAUGAAGAACCAUGAAAUAGUUCCCUGCAGUUUGGUUGCUUCUAUAGCCAGCCUUAAACAUGGUGGCUGUAAUAAAGUUUUAAGAGAAUUAGUGAAACAUAAACUCAUAGCUUGGGAGCGUACCAAAACUGUCCAGGGCUAUCGGUUGACAAAUGCAGGAUAUGAUUACCUAGCUUUGAAAACACUUUCUUCUAGACAGGUAGUUGAAUCUGUUGGAAACCAGAUAGGUGUUGGCAAAGAAUCUGAUAUUUACGUUGUUGCAAAUGAAGAAGGGCAGCAAUUUGCAUUAAAGCUUCAUAGGCUGGGAAGAACCUCCUUUCGAAAUCUGAAAAACAAGCGUGAUUAUCAUAAACACAGGCAUAACAUGUCUUGGCUUUAUUUAUCUCGUCUCUCUGCCAUGAAAGAAUUUGCUUACAUGAAGGCAUUGUAUGAGAGGAAAUUUCCAGUCCCAAAACCGAUUGAUUAUAAUCGCCAUGCAGUGGUAAUGGAACUCGUAAGUGGCUAUCCUCUAUGUCAGAUACACCAUGUUGAAGACCCUGCAUCUGUAUAUGAUGAAGCUAUGGACCUAAUUGUCAAACUUGCAAAUCAUGGACUGAUUCAUGGAGAUUUCAAUGAAUUCAAUCUCAUUUUGGAUAAAGAUGACCACAUCACCAUGAUUGAUUUUCCACAGAUGGUUUCAACUUCUCAUCACAAUGCUGAAUGGUAUUUUGACAGAGAUGUUAAAUGCAUUAGAGAUUUCUUCAUGAAACGUUUCGGCUAUGAAAGUGAGCUUUACCCAACUUUUAGUGAUAUCAGGAGGGAGGACUCUCUUGAUGUAGAGGUUUCUGCCAGCGGCUACACAAAGGAAAUGCAGACAGAUGAUGAAUUGCUUCAUCCAUUAGGUCCAGAUGAUGAAAAUACUGAAACAGAAGACGGAUCUGAAUUCUCACCUUCUGAUGAAGAGUUGUCAGAAAAAGCAAAAUUUCAUAAAUCAAAAAAUCAAAGUGAUCAGAAGUCUGCAGAUGAAUCCGCUGACUACUGUUGCAUAUCAUCUGGACACCUUGAACAAAUAAAGGGAGAGGAUUCGUCAGAGGAGAGUGCUGAUGCACAAAAUUUUGAAUUACCUGAAUUCAGUCAAGCUUUAGAAGAAAUAAAAGGUCAAGUUAUUGACAACAAUUCUGUAACUGAAUGUUCUGAGGAGACAGACAAAAUUGAAAAUGACACUAGGCAAAAUGGUAAACCAGGUCAAGGAGGAAUCCCCAUGAGCUCUGAAGACUAUGAAGAUGCAUGCCCUCAUCUUAUUGCCUUGUCGUCAGUAAACAAAGAAUUCAGGUCUUUCAGAGAUGAAGAAAGUAUGGAAGAUACUAAACAGUACAGGACAAGAACUCUGAGUGUUACUUCUGUGGGCAGUGUUUUAAGCUGUUCAACAAUUCCUCCGGAAUUGGUGAAACAGAAGGUGAAACGUCAGUUGACAAAACAGCAAAAAUCAGCUGCCAGACGUCGAUUACAGAAAGGAGAAGCAAAUAUAUUUACAAAACAACGGAGAGAAAACAUGCAAAAUAUUAAGUCAAGCUUGGAAGCAGCUAACUUUUGGGGAGAGUAAUAUGUUUAAGAUUUUGAAUGUUUUCCAGAACAUUAGUAUGAUCCCCUUUUAAGCCAUCUUUAGUCUUUUCUAGACCAAGGCAGAUACAUAAAUAGAUAAAUAAACUCUCUUUCAUAUAUUAA